AUGGAGGACAGCCAGGACAAAGGUGCCAAGAUGGAAGAUGGCAUGCCAAGGGAGUCGUGUGGGCUCUUUGAUUCCUGUCCAAAGUUCUGCUGUGGGAGCUGCUUUUUGAUGUACUGUUGCUCCGACGGGCAGAACAAGUUUGAUGACGACAUUCUGUCCUCUGAUGACAGGUCAUUAAAUUGGGGAGAAAAAGGCAGAAAAAUGGCAUUUGAGCCUGACUUCGACAGCGACCUCUCACCAGGUUUCGCGAUAUCCGUGGGCAUUGGAGUAGCCAUCUUUGUGCUCUUUGUAGUCAGCAUCAUCCUCUCUUUCAUGUGUCCCUGCUGCGAUUUGUACGAGAUGUGCCGAAGACCCAGACCUUCUGUGGUGACCAGUUCCACUACCGUGGUCCAUCCCGCAUACCCACAACAGCCAAGUGUGCCCCCGGGUUGCCCAGGGGCCGUGUACCAAGGCUAUCCACCAAUGCCUGUCCAGCCAGGGGUGCCAGCUGCACCUCAUCCUACCCAGUACCCACCACCCUGCCCUGCCCAGCCAACUGGCCCUCCUGCCUACAAUGAGGCUCAUCCUGAUGGUGCAGGAGCUCCGGACCCCAUCAGCCAGCCUCCAUAUAACCCUGCAAACAUGGAUCCUCUAAAGGCUGCUUAUUGA